AUGGCGACUUCAUCCUUCACAUAUUAUCCUACGGACAAGUAUCUUGCCGACCAGUUUCGCUAUGGAGUCAAGCCAACCCACCCGAACAACACGUUCAUCGCGUCCCGCGCACGCCUUGAAAGCUCCCUCGCCUGGACAAGGGAGGAGAUUCAAAACAACAUGCACGACGAGUGUCUGCUGAGGCUCUCCGAGCAUGACGUCCAGGCACUCGAAACUGCGGCCGAAUCUUUUGAAGAGACCGGCAUUGGACUGUCAGAUAUAUCGUCGGAGAACUUCUUGUUGCCGGACAAUCUUGCCGCCAGGCUGACUGCCAUUUCGGACAAAUGUUACCACGGCCGAGGAUUUGUGGUUGUUAAUGGGUUGAAUCCCACAAAACUCGGCCCAAAAAGGAACGUCGUGAUCUACGCCGGCAUCGCGGCGUAUGUCGCUCCCCAGCACGGCUUUCUCGACAAGAGCCACAAAAGGGUGCUUUGCCAUGUUGUCAACGCAGCACCCAGACAGUCGGAGAACAGCAACGCCGGCAAAUCUCCUGGGUUUACCGAUGGUCCUCUUGCAUUCCACACCGACAACUGUGAGAUUCUCAGCCUGUUCUCCCUGGAUAUGGCGAGUGAGGGUGGCCAGACCUACGUUUCAAGUGCCUACCAGUUGUACAACGAGCUGGUCGAGAAACGGACGGAUAUACUGCAAACCCUUGCCGAUCAUUGGGUUCUGGACACCUUCACGGACUAUACCAAAAACCCGCCCAUUGUGCGCCCAAUGCUCCAUGUCAGCGACACCCACGACGAGGAUUAUGAAGGCGGCCGCAACAGCCCGCACGUCAUCUUCACCUACUCUCGUUUUCCCAUGGCCGGCUUCAAGGGCCGCACCCGCAACAGCGCGCUCCCACCGGUCACAACCGCCCAGAUCGAGGCCAUGGACACAGUGCAGUACCUGCUGAGCCGCAACGCUGUGGCCCUCCCUUGGCACAAGGGCGAUAUGGUGUUUCUCAACGACAUGGCUAUCAUGCAUGCCCGCGAGCCCUUCAAGGAAGGCGGCGAUCUCCAGCGGCAUCUGCUCAAGUUUUACUUGCGAGACCCCAAGCAGAACUGGCCGAUCCCCGCGACAGCCCGUCAGCACUGGGAUACGAUUUACGGGCCGAACACAAUGGAUGGUCGGAGAGAGGAAGAGUGGUGUAUCCGUUAUGAAGAGGGCCAAGAGGAUAAUUGGAUGUCGAAUGGCUAA